GGCGGGAGCAGCGCCGCGCUGAGCUGCCUCCAUCCAUGGCACGAAGCGGCGGCGGCGGCGGCGGCGGCAGCAGGAUCCCGGCGCGAUCCGUUAGGUCCCAGCCCAGCGCCGAGAGAGCCGGCGACGCGGAGGGGCCCGGGAGCCCCGCGCUGACACUCGGGGCGCGCCGCGCAGGGCCGCCCGCUCCGCGCUGACAGCCGCGCCCGCGUCCUCCCCGCCGGGGCGCGCGCCGGACAUGCCCCCGGGGCGCGGCGGCGGGGACCCCCGGGCUUGCCUCCGCCCAGGGCCCCCUGCCCCGCCCUUGGGCGCCCCGGGCCCCUGCUGAACACGCCUCCCGUCCGCCCGGGUCCCUCCGGCCCGCGCGCAGCCCGGCCCCAGUGCUGUCGGUCCCCGCGGGGCUAUGGGCUGAUGGGCGCCGGGGGAUGCAGGAUGCGGAGGGCGCCCGCGCGCCUGCUGCUGCCGCUGCUGCCGUGGCUGCUGCUCCUCGCACCCGAGACGCGGGGUGCGCCCGGCUGCCCCGUCCCCAUCCGCAGCUGCAAGUGCUCCGGGGAGCGGCCCAAGGGGCUGAGCGGCGGCGCCCCCAACCCGGCGCGCAGGAGGGUGGUGUGCGGCGGCGGGGACCUCCCGGAGCCCCCCGAGCCCGGCCUCCUGCCUAACGGCACCGUUACCCUGCUCUUGAGCAACAACAAGAUCACGGGGCUCCGGAAUGGAUCCUUCUUGGGACUGUCCCUGCUGGAGAAGUUGGACCUGAGGAAUAAUGUCAUCAGCACGGUGCAGCCCGGUGCAUUCCUGGGCCUGGGGGAGCUGAAGCGCUUAGAUCUCUCCAACAACCGGAUUGGCUGCCUCACCUCGGAGACUUUCCAAGGCCUCCCCAAGCUUCUCCGACUAAACAUAUCUGGAAACAUCUUCUCCAGUCUGCAACCUGGGGUCUUUGAUGAGCUGCCAGCCCUCAAGCUUGUGGACUUCGGCACUGAGUUCCUGACUUGCGACUGCCGCCUGCGCUGGCUGCCGUCCUGGGCCCGGAAUCACUCCCUGCAGCUGUCCGAGCGCACGCUCUGUGCCUACCCCAGUGCCCUGCACGCCCAGGCCCUGGGUGGCCUCCAGGAGGCCCAGCUGCGCUGCGAGGGGGCCCUGGAGCUACACACGCACUACCUCAUCCCAUCCCGACGCCAAGUGGUGUUCCAGGGGGACCGCCUGCCCUUCCAGUGUUCCGCCAGCUACCUGGGCAACGACACCCGCAUCCGCUGGUACCACAACCGGGCCCCCGUGGACAGCGAUGAGCAGGCGGGUAUCCUCCUGGCCGAGAGCCUCAUCCACGACUGCACCAUCAUCACCAGUGAACUGACCCUGUCUCACAUCGGUGUGGGCGCCUCAGGCGAAUGGGAGUGCUCCGUGUCCACGGUCCAGGGCAACGCCAGCAAGAAGGUGGAGAUUGUGGUGCUGGAGAUCUCUGCCUCCUACUGCCCAGCCGAGCGUGUCGCCAACAACCGAGGGGACUUCAGGUGGCCUCGAACUCUGGCUGGCAUCACAGCCUACCAGUCCUGCCUGCAGUACCCCUUCACCUCGGUGCCCCUGAGCGGGGGCACUCCGGGUACCCAGGCCUCCCGCCUGUGUGACCGAGCUGGCCGCUGGGAGCCAGGGGACUACUCCCACUGUCUGUACACCAACGACAUUACCCGGGUGCUCUACACCUUCGUGCUGAUGCCCAUCAACGCCUCCAACGCGCUGACCCUGGCCCACCAGCUGCGAGUGUACACGGCCGAGGCUGCCAGCUUCUCAGACAUGAUGGAUGUAGUCUAUGUGGCUCAGAUGAUCCAGAAAUUUUUGGGUUAUGUGGACCAGAUCAAAGAGCUGGUGGAGGUCAUGGUGGACAUGGCCAGCAACCUGAUGCUGGUAGAUGAGCACCUGCUGUGGCUGGCCCAGCGAGAGGACAAGGCCUGCAGCGGCAUCGUGGGUGCCCUGGAGCGCAUUGGGGGGGCUGUCUUGAGCCCCCACGCCCAGCACAUCUCUGUGAACUCGAGGAACGUAGCAUUGGAGGCCUACCUCAUCAAGCCGCACAGCUAUGUGGGCCUGACCUGCACGGCCUUCCAGAGGAGGGAGGCCGGUGUGCCCGGCGCCCGGCCCGCAGGCCUGGGCCAGAACCCCUCUCUGGAGCUGGAGCCCCUGGCUGAUCAGCAGCUCCGCUUCCGCUGUACCACCGGGAGGCCCAACGUUUCGCUGUCAUCCUUCCACAUCAAGAACAGCGUUGCCCUGGCCUCCAUCCAGCUGCCGCCCAGUCUCUUCUCGUCCCUUCCGGCCUCCCUGGCGCCCCCAGUCUCCCCAGACUGCACCCUGCAGCUGCUCGUCUUCCGAAAUGGCCGCCUCUUCCGCAGCCAUGGCAACACCUCCCGCCCAGGAGCUGUGGGACCCGGCAAGAGGCGUGGGGUGGCCACCCCUGUCAUCUUUGCAGGAACAAGUGGCUGUGGCGUGGGAAACCUGACGGAGCCCGUGGCCAUUUCCCUGCGGCACUGGGCUGAGGGAGCUGAACCCGUGGCAGCUUGGUGGAGCCAGGAAGGGCCCGGCGGCGCUGGGGGCUGGAGCUCCGAAGGCUGCCAGCUCCGCUCCAGCCAGCCCAACGUCAGCUCCCUGCACUGCCAGCACCUGGGCAAUGUGGCCGUACUCAUGGAGCUGAGUGCCUUUCCCAGGGAGGUGGGGGCCUCGGGGGCAGGGCUGCAUCCAGUCGUGUACCCCUGCACAGCCCUGCUGCUGCUCUGCCUCUUCUCCACCAUCAUCACCUACAUCCUCAACCACAGCUCCAUCCAUGUGUCCCGGAAGGGCUGGCACAUGCUGCUGAACCUGUGCUUCCACAUGGCCAUGACCUCCGCCGUCUUUGCAGGAGGCAUCACACUCACCAACUACCAGAUGGUCUGCCAGGCGGUGGGCAUCACUCUGCACUACUCUUCACUGUCCACCCUGCUCUGGAUGGGUGUGAAGGCCCGCGUCCUCCACAAGGAGCUCACCUGGAGGGCGCCCCCUCCCCAGGAAGGGGACUCCGCCCCGCCUGCUCCCCGCCCCAUGCUCCGGUUCUAUUUGAUCGCUGGAGGGAUCCCACUCAUUAUCUGCGGCAUCACAGCUGCUGUCAACAUUCACAACUACCGGGACCACAGCCCCUACUGCUGGCUGGUGUGGCGUCCAAGCUUAGGAGCCUUCUACAUCCCGGUGGCUUUGAUCCUGCUGAUCACCUGGAUCUAUUUCCUGUGUGCAGGGCUGCAUCUGAGGGGUCCUCUGGCACAGAGCUCCAAGGGGGUCACGAGCAGGGGUUCCCUGGACCAAGGGGAGGAGCUGAGGGGUUCCACCAGGCUCAGGAGCAGCGGCCCCCUCCUGAGUGACUCGGGUUCCCUUCUGGCCACUGGGAGCGCAGGGGUGGUGACGCCCGGACCCCCAGAGGACGGGGACGGCCUCUAUUCUCCAGGAGUCCAGCUGGGCGCGCUGGUGACCACACAUUUCCUGUACCUGGCCAUGUGGGCCUGCGGGGCUCUGGCCGUGUCCCAGCGCUGGCUGCCCCGGGUGGUGUGCAGCUGCCUGUACGGGGUGGCGGCCUCGGCCCUGGGCCUCUUCGUCUUCACCCACCACUGUGCCAGGCGCAGGGACGUGCGGGCCUCCUGGCGCGCCUGCUGCCCCCCUGCCUCGGCCUCGCGCGCCUCGCCCCAAGCUGUGUCCGCGGCCCCAGAGGACGGUUCCCCCGUGUUCGGAGAGGGGCCCCCUUCCCUGAAGUCAUCCCCGGGCGGUAGCAGCGGCCACGCGCCGGCCCCGGGCCCCUGCAAGCUCACCAACCUGCAGCUGGCCCAGAGUCAGGCGUGCGAGGCGGGGGUGGCGGCCCGCGGGGAGGGGGAGCCAGAGCCCGUGGGCUCCCGCGGGAGCCUGGCCCCCCGUCACCCCAACAACCUGCCCCACGGGCGCCGAGUGCACAAGAGCCGGGCCAAGGGGCACCGCGCAGGGGAUCCGGGCGGCAAGAACCGGCUCAAGGCGCUGCGCGGGGGCGCGGCGGCCGGGGCGCCCGAGCUGCUGUCCAGCGAGAGCGGCAGCCAGCACAACAGCCCGUCCGACAGCCACCCGGGCAGCAGCCGCCACAGCCCCGGCGCCGGCCUCCCGCCGGAGGGCGAGCCCGCGCUCACGCUGUCCGACGGCAGCGACACGAGCGCCGCGCCGCCCCCGGAGGCGGGCCGGCCGGGCCAGCGCCGCAGCGCCAGCCGCGACAACCUCAAGGGCGCGCUGGAGAAGGAGAGCCAGCGCCGCUCCUACCCGCUCAACACGGCCAGCCUGAACGGCGCCCCCAAGGGCGGCAAGUACGAGGACAUCACCCUGGCGGGCGCCGAGGCGGCGGGGGGCGGCUGCAUGAAGACCGGCCUCUGGAAGAGCGAGACCACCGUCUAGGUGGGCGGGUGGCACUUUAGGGCAGGCUGGCCGCCCGGACUGGUUUUCCUGGCUGCGCGGGCCCCUAAGGACGCCGAUCGGUGCACCAGUCGGUGAAGUGCCGAGGGCUGCGCCGGGCUCACUAGCCUCCUCCGUCCUGAAGCUAAGGACAGCGGGCGCCUGCGCGGCUAAGAGGGCCGUGCCUCUGGGGUAGCGACAGGCAAUCCCGGGGCCACUGGCAGGAUACACUCUGUCCCAGCCCAGGCCAGUCUGUGCCAUCCAGGGUAGGGAAGGUCCUGUCUGGAUUGAUGAGUACUGGGCGGACCAGCAAGCCCAGGUGGGCUCUUCCUAAGGUGCCCACAUCUUGCCCACCCGCCUCUCUGGUGGUGUCAGCCCUACCUGGCAAACACAGACGGGGGCUUGGGAACAGUGUUCCCUCACCACCCUCCUCUGAAGCCGGCCUGUGCCUAGCUUCUAGGGCCUCUCCCCACCCAGUUUUUGGCUAAGUGGGGAGGCAGCCUAGAUAUGCCAGGUGGCCAGGACCCACUGGAGGUGACAAGGUGCUGCUUUUCAGACUAUGCAGGAGGCGGAGGCGGGGCCGUGUGAAAGUCAGCCUGGGAGGUCAAGUAGGAGGGCAGGUGCACCAUUAGGGAGGACGCCACCCCGUGAGUGUACACACACCACCAGCAGGGCUCGGGGUGGCACUUGGGGACAAAGCUGACCCCGCCUGGGGAUAAUCUGAGGGAGGAGAGAGAGAGCUUAGAUCUGGGGCUGAAGUUUGCCAGGCCUUAAACCUAGUCCUACAAACAAUGCCCUGAAGAGGGCUCCACCACAGGCUGCAAGUGGUGGUGAAGAUGUACUUACCCGUCAACCACAAGACAUGGGUCUCAGCCUCCCAACACUGGGGACUAAGGAAGAUACUUCCCUCCUCCUUGAGGCCACAUGGAAGAACCGUUCCAACCAUUUGGCCUCUAGCCCCGUAUUAGGGAGAAACUUCCAAAACAGCAGAAACAUCUUCCUGCCACACAGAAGCCCAAGUCAAAUCCCUCAGGGGGUGGGCAGGGUCCCUACAGUUCCCGGGGCCUUCACCUCCACUUUUAAACACCAGCACUAUUUCCCCCCACCCCCCAACCUAAAAAGCAACCACCAGCCUUUUACUGCAGGACCCAGUGAAAGUGGAGGGAACCUGAAGCCUUG